AUGGCCGGAUAUGAGUGGCUAAAAGAAGAAUUGGCAGUUGCUGUGUAUUACACUUCAGAAGGUGUCCCUCACCAUGUUCUUGUUCAACUUCUCCAUCAGAGGAACUUCACACGCACAAUGGUUGCUAUAAGGAACCAGCUGAAUGUGAUGCAGGUUCAGAAAAACCUAGGAGGGCCUUGGUCACGUUGGGAUAUAGAUGCUGUUGACAGAUGGCUGGAUGAGAUAUCUGAUGAAAUCGACGUCAAUGAGGUCAUUAAGCCCACUGAUGAAGACCAAGAAAUCCUGAACAAGAGUCGUGAGAGCUUUGGAUUAAAGGGCGCCCAAUUUGGCUCUCACACAGACAAUAUGCCUACAAAGAGACAAAUAUGGGACAGCGUCUCCGUUCUGGAAUAA